UGUAAACACAAAAAUUAAUGUGCAUAUUGCCACACUGAAGUAAAAAUAUAUGUCAUUAUUCUUAACCAUUAAAUUAUUAUUUUAAUUUUUUUAUUAUCAGAACAUUCAACAUUCAGAACAUCAGAACUCAGAAGUCAGAAAAUUGGAACUUGAGAGGUACUUUUAGUUUAUAAACCAAACAUAAGUGCAUCAUUUUAAUAAAAUGGAAUUCAGUAGCAACUUAGUGAAAGUUCAUUUAGCCAACUAUCUAGCCAAUUUACCAUUGCCAAAUUCAUUUCUUGGUAUUUUCAAAUUAGGUGGUAAAGAUAUACUGAAAUUAAUUCCGUUUUAUGCUACAAUUGGUGGUGUAUGUUACCUUUCAUACAGAGUUGUCAAACCAAGACAUCCUGUUAACCCUUGUAUUAAAAAAGAAUCUCCAAAAGUGGUUGACGGUUAUGACAUCGAAGAGCUAGGUGAAAGUACAGCAUUUUGUCGUUGUUGGAGAAGCUCUAAAUUUCCUUUGUGUGAUGGUGCUCAUAAUAAGUACAACAUUGAACAGAAGGACAAUGUUGGACCAUUGAUAAUUAAGAAAAAAUAAAUAAUUAUUACUAAAUCAUCACAAUCUUCUAUCAGCAGUUCUCGUUUUGAUAUCUUCAAGCUAAAAAAUAAUGGUUGAAGCUUAUUAGUCCAUAUUAUCCUUUUAUUUUUUAAAAAAUAUUAAACCUACCUAUAUAAUCAUAAUAUUAUUGUAAAAAUAAAGCAUUUCUAUACUAAUUUCUCUUUUAAAUCUCAUAAAUAUCAAGUUAUUUGAUGUUAAAAUGAUAUCAGUUAAACUCUGGUUUCUUAAUAUAACAAAUUUAUUAUAUAUUUAAAAUUUAUUUAUCCAAUAAUUUGCUAUUUUUUGGGUUUGUAUUUAUUCAUACAUUUGAUGCCAAUAUUUCAGCUGUAAAUCUAUUGUUGUUUUUUUUUUAAUAAAAGCUCUAUAAAAAAAUGUAAUAG